AUGACGAUUAGUAAUAGAUCCCUUAGUGAAUUUUAUGAGUUUAUUCUAAGAAUAUGCCCAUGGUUUCCGGAAGAGGGCAGUCUCUCAUUGACUAACUGGAAGAAAGUGGGCAAAGAAAUUAGAAAAUUUUACAAUCAAAAUUGUUCAACACAGGUCCCUGUUCAGGCCUUUUCCCUUUGGGUGCAAAUUAGAGAUCUUUUAGUAGAUACUACAGAGGCGGAUUUAUGGAGGGGAGAAAUAUCUGAUGAGAGUAGUGAGCAAGAAACGCUCCCCUUUGCAAAUCCGGCCAGAAAUUAUUUGGGUGCUGCUCCAUCUACACCAAAUGAAUAUGAGGAUAUGGUGGCUGAACAACCACAAGAUCCAGAAUAUGUGGAAGUUGGCUUGGAAGAUAAUAAUAGCAAUAUUGAUGAAGCUAUCAAUGAAUUUUUUAGGGAUAUGAAUAUUAGGUCAUCAUUGCCUUCACAGACUUUUCCUACGGCUCCUCCUAAUUCGUUGCAAAUUGUACCACAGAGACCCAAUGUUCCUCCGCUAAGUGGAGGAAUAUUUUGUGCUGCACGAGAAGCCCGGGAACAGGGUGAUUUUUCCUUCACCUUUCCGGUGGAAUACUGGGAAGGUCAGGGACCGACCUGGGAGCCAAUCUCUUUAAAAACAUUGAAGGAAUUGAAGGAAGCUGUAAGGACAACGGGGCCCAGUUCUCCUUACACCUUGCAAGUUGUUGAUUCUUUACGUGUUUCUUAUCUCAUACCUUUUGAUUGGUACCAGACGGCAAAAUCUGUCCUGGCUCCUGGGACAUAUGUCCUUUGGAGAACAGAUUAUGAAGAUCGUGCAGCUGAACUUAUUAGAAAAUCCAUUUUUAUUAAAGAUAUGAAACCUACUUUGCCUAUGCUGAAAGGAACAGGUGAAUAUGCAAAUGUUAGGGAACAAUUGAAAAUACCAAAGGAAAUUCUCAAUGAAAUUGGGAUAAUGGCAGUAGCUGCUUGGAAAAAUCUGCCACCCCCAGCUGGCAGUUCCACACUGCUGGCAGGAACUCGCCAGCGGCAGGAGGAGCCACAUGAAAACUUUGUGGCACGUUUAGAAGAAGCUUUGGACAGAAUGCUUCCAAAUACAGAAGCAAAAGAAAUGCUAUUAAAGCAAUUAGCCUCUGAAAAUGCAAAUUCUCUGUGCCAAGAAUUAAUUAGACCAAUUAGAAAAACAGAUACCAUCCAAGACUUUAUUAAAGCAUGCAUGGAUGCCAGCCCAGCAGUUAUUCAAGGGUUGGCUUAUGCUGCAGAAAUGAAAGAGCAACAAUUUUCUUCUUUUGUGCGAUCAAUGCCAAAAGGCAAGAAAACGGCAAAUGCUCCGAUUUGUUUAAUUGUCAACAACCUGGCCACAUGA